GAGCCUCUUCCUUGUGGCAGCAGACUUACUUCUCUAAUUUCUUCAUCUCUUCGCCGCCAACUUUCUCCUUUUCUCCCAUUCUAACCUUUUUGGAUGACACCUUUAUCCCUGGAAUAUCUAGUGACCCCUGGUCGUUUGCUCUGUCCUCUAUGCUUUGACUAUUCUCACCUUCCGCUUCUCUUAUGUGGUGUUCACGCGCUUCUUCUUGCUCCUUGAGAUGUUGCUCCCAAUUUUCUUCCUAUUCUUCUAUGUUCAACGAUCUCGCUCUUUCUGCCGCAAGCUCUUUGGUGUAUCUAGGUUUUGAUGGAUCCCAACAUGUCAUGGCUGUUGGUUUGUUGCAGUACUUCUUUUCAUAUCCUAUGAUACUGCAUUUGAGGCAAAAGUAGUUUUGAAGCCUCUCAUACUUGAAAUUGAUCCAGGUCUUAGAUUUAUUGUCCCUGUUGAGACAAAAUCCUGUUUGGAGUGGUUGAGUAACGUUGAUGGCAGCUCUGCAGUGUAGAUAAUUUCUUUUAGGGUGUGUGUGGUUGGGGAAAUUAUAGAACAUUUCCAAAAAUUUUAAGAUGGGAAUAUGAAAUUCCUAUGUGUGGUUCAAAGUUAAAAAAAAAACAUUCCAAGGUAACUUUUAUUCUUUGGAAUUGAAUUACCACUAAUUCAAUUUCCAUCUCCCCCCUGGUUAUCUUUCAUUCCAAUGGGAAUGGAAUGUAAAUAAUGAAACAAAAAGACUAAAUUACCCCUAUUAUUUAAUACUAUAUUUCACAUUCUUCUUCAUUUUUCUCUGAAGAACUAAACCCUAGCAGAGCAGUUUUUUUCCCAAAUCAGAGAGCUUCACCAACGCCACCACCACCGGAGCCGGCACCAGCACCGACACCGCCGUUACUCUAAACAGAAGAUUCGUCUCCUUCUCUUCUCCGAUUCAUGUUCGCACUGCUUUUCUCUGUGAAUUUUCUUCGAAUCUCAUAUUAAGGUUUGAGUUUUUUCCCAAAUCAGUGGAGGCUUCACCAACGCCAUCGCCAUCGGAGCUACGCCGGCGCCACCGUUACCCUAAACGGAAGACUGGUUUCCUUCUCUUCUUCAAGUUCAUGUUCGCAUUGCUUAUCUCUGCUCUUUGAAUCUUUCAUUAAGCAACUCGGGAGUGGAAUGACUCUUGUAUGAUUCCUAUGUGCAAUUAAUGUUUUGAUUCAGAGAAAUGAGAUUGGGUUGGUUUGAGGCAAAUACAGUGAAUCUACACCAAUGUAUCAGCUUCACAAAUUCAAUUGCCUAGGAGCCUUAGAUGGUACUCAUAUCAAAAUCAAUGUCCUUGAGGCUGACAAGCCUAGAUAUCGAAACAGAAAAGGUAACAUAACAACCAAUGUGCUUGGAGUGGUUGCUCCCGAUAUGCAAUUUAUCUAUGUACUGGCGGGUUGGGAGGGUUCAGCUGCGAAUUCUAGGAUAUUGCGAGAUACAUUAUUUCGCAAUGGGUUUAGUGUUCCCCAAGUAGGUCAUUACUACUUAUGUGAUGCUGGAUAUAUGAAUUGUGAAGGAUUUUUGGCACCUUAUAGAGGACAAAAAUAUCAUUUGAGUGAGUUUAAUCCACAUAAUCAACCCAGCACAGCUCAAGAGUUUUUUAAUAUGAAACACUCACAAGCUAGGAAUGUUAUUGAAAGGGCAUUUGGAGUAUUGAAAGCAAGAUGGAGAAUUUUAAGGGGAAGAUCAUUUUAUCCUAUUAAGACUCAAGGAAGAAUUAUAACUGCUUGUUGCCUUUUGCAUAAUCAUAUUAGAAGAGUGAUGGUUGUGGAUCCUAUUGAUGAGAUAGAAGAUCAAAAUAUACUUGGAGUAGAUGGUAAGACGAUCCACCAUAUUGAGACGAGUGAUGCUUAGGGUAGAUGGAGAGAUCAACUUGUGGAACUAAUGGAGGAGAAGACAUCACGCUCGAUAAUUAUAAUAAUUUUUCUAUGUGUGAGGCUGUCUGUCGUAAUAUUGAUUUUAUUUUGUUGAUGUAUUUGUGUUCUUGUAUAAGAGUUGUGCAUGUAUGCUUAUUAGUGCUAGUAAUUUGUUACUUUUGAGACUUCUUUGUAACUUUCAUUUGGAUAAUAGUAAUGCUUUUUUAGUAAA